AUGGGCUCCUCUUGGGCUUUCAAGCCGAAAGGAAGGGGUUUGGGCCGAGUUCAAGGAGACGAAUUCGCCCUUGACGGUGAACAACCGUGUGCCCAGCUGACGGUUCGACGACCGGCGACAAAGAGUUCCUUGACCGGCGAGAAGGAGUCACAGCUUCUGGGGACGAUUUUUUAUGAGAAGAUGAUUUGGGCGAUUUACGGCGGAGGAGGAGCGACGACGGUAGAUUGGGGAUGGCGGAGGAUUUGGGGAAGGGAGACUGAUUGGGCGAUUUGGGGAAGGGAGACCGACGGGCGAUUUGGGCAAGGGAGAUGGAGAGCGGAGGAGCAGCGGCUAGGGGUGUAG